AUGCAAGACGACAGUUAGAGCAGAUGAAGUAUUUGUGCGCAUAAGUUUAGUUAGCCAACACGUGUGAUCAGGAUUUAUAUUGGAGAGGCAGUUUUAGCCCAUCUUUAUAUUGUACUGUAUUUGAUGUUAUAGCUGCCUCUCGGGUAUCUGCGGUAGGUUACAUUGUUGCCAUGGUGAGGGAUUUGUCUUUAACACUGUUGUCUCUGCGUCAUUACUGACUGCUGCGUGUUGACUGGGCUGCUAGUACUAGCUACAAUUGGUUUGAAGUCUGGAGUAAUUUAUAAAGCUACAGGUGUUCAGUGAUGUGCGAGGGUCCAUCCAUGAUAUCUGGGCCCAUACCCCCAGAUCCCUCCCUUUUCCCCGAAUACUACAAACGUCCUGCCUCUGCCAGGGGUCGUCUGGAGGGGAACACUCAUGGGACCUCAGCCCUUCUCUCUGGUCCCCUGGCCCCAGACCCUGUGUUGUACCCAGGCUGCUACAGUGCCCGUGCCCCUCGGCAACCCCGCAUCGGCCCUAACGCCACACACAUUCUGGAGAGGGGCCAGAGAGGGGUGGUGGGGGCCCUGCUAAGACUGGAGGGGGUCUCCCUUAGUCCCAACCCCUCUAAGCACAAGCAGCUGGUGCGUGACUACGGAAAGGAGAACGUGCGUCGGCUGAGGGAGAUCCAGAGACGCUGCAAAGAGCAGGAGGCACAGAGGGAACACUCCCGUCCAGUCCCGGUCAAAGCCCUGUGGAGCUCCCCUAAAUACCAGGACAUCCCCUCCAGGGUCAUGGCCCAGCUACAGGAGACCAGCCCUCCUAUGAAGCCGGAGUGUCAGAACUUUUUAAAAGCACAUUCUAUCUGUGGCUCUGCUGGCCCCCCGAGACUAAAGCGUGCACUCUCACCCUCCCCAAGACCAAGCUGUGCCCCAUCGCCGUCCCCCUCACCUCGCUCAACAUCCCAAAACCAUACAGAGAAACCAAGUUUACAGGUGCAGGGUAGGAUGGUGGACUUUGUGAGCCACAAUGCACACGCUGCAGGGAAGACAGUCCUCCGUCGCUCCCAGUCAUUGACCAACCUGAGGAACAGUUUGCCCCUGCCCAGCGCCGUCAAGGGACAGGUGCCUCAGUACCUUGAGGAGCGGAAGGAACAGUGGCGACGAGAGGAGGAGGAAAAGAGGAUGAGUAUUCCUGAUCCAUCCAUCCCAGCUGGUCACACCCUGAUGCCAGAGAGGGAGAGACAGGAGACCCUGGAGUCACUCAAAGAGACCCAUCGGUCUCUGGUGGGUGAGCUGCUGUCUCUUCCAGUCAGGGCCGACUCUCUGGGUGUCCGUUCCCGUCGUGCGCAGCUGGACCGCAGGCUCUCUGAGGUGGAGGAGGCCAUCAAGAUCUUCUCCAGGGACAAAGUCUACAUCAAGACUGACUCUUAACACAAGAUGAGGCCUGCCUGGAUCUUAUUCACUAGGCAAGAUCAUGGGAGGAAACAUUCUGAAAGCUUGGGAGACACUAUUUGAACUUGUUCCAUGAAGGCUCUUCUUAUUUUUUGUUCUCUCCUUUAUGUGCCUACUGAACGUGAUCCUGCAGUCUGAGGCUGCUGGGAAAUAGCCUAAACUCUAGAGCUAUUAUUAGCGUAAUUUACAAAGAGGGGAAUUUGUAAAAUUAAGUGAUUUAUUUCUCCUGUGACACUAAGCAGGUUGCAUUUUUUAGUGCUUGACUACCAAUGGCCUACUACUGAAUGUAUAAUAAUAAUAAUAAUAAUACAUUUAUUGUAUCUAGCGCUUUACAUUACAAACAAGAAUCUCAUUUGCUUUGAAAACAAAUGUAGGGAUCUGGCAGUUCAUGGUUGGUGGUCUUUCACAGCUUCAGAUGUAGAGGCAUUUGGGAAAGGCAGUCAGUAGCAGUAGCUUGAGCAGAAGGAGCAUCGAUGAUACAGACCGGCAGGGAGAACGUCAGUCAGAUACUUUUCUUAGGAGGGCAAUUAGGCAGCCCUACUGUAAACCAAACACUUCUGUUGGCAUAGAAUGUACAUACCUUCACUGUAAAUUGGUGCGUGUAAUGUCCAUUUUAGUUGACUCAGAAUCAUAUCAACUUGGAACUGGCAUAAAUGUGAUGUUUCUCAGUUACAUCCAAAGUGGGUUUAUUGUCUGGCAUUUGACAUAAACUACUAUUUAUUGACUGUAACUGUAAUGAAGUAAUUAGGUGUGUAGUACUUGAAUUCUAGUUUUGCAUUUCAUUAAACUUUGAGGGUGUUUUAUGGGUCCUCGUCAUGAAUGUGAGGACCAGAGACUCCUCUAUAUAGCACUCAAACAAUUGUGUCCGACCUCUAUUUUUCAGUCCUUUUUUUCUAGUUUUGCAUUUCAUUAAACUUUGAGGGUGUUUUAUGGGUCCUCGUCAUGAAUGUGAGGACCAGAGACUCCUCUAUA